AAGAUACUGACGCUUAUGUAGUAACUGGUUAAAUUGUGGUCGAGCCAUGAAAAAUUACCUUUGCAUUGCUUUGCAUACGUAAUCGAACGAUAAACAUAUGGCAUUUGCCACAGUUAUUAGUUAUCCUCUUGCGUUUACAUUCGUAUUCGCACUUACCUUUGUUUUUGUUACGAAUUCUGCGAAUAGUUAUUACGCGUCUGCAAGAGUUGAGAGCUGUAGUGGUUGUUCACUCAACCGGCUGCCAGACGUCAAACAAUUUAUUUUUGAGGACCUACCACAAUACGACAAUGUAGAAUUCAAGCAUAUCCCAGGUGCAAUACCAGAACUUGUGUUAUUCAACGAACAUGAAGAGGAAGUAGAAAGAUUGGUGUUGUCAAAAUUGACUCGAGAAGAAUGUAACGAAUUACUAGUUUCCAAAGGUUUCACGAAGAAAUUCAUAGAUACUAAGGAUGAGAUGUGAAUCUUCUAAUCAGUAUAUAUUUAUUAAAAAAUGGUAAUCUAUCAAAACCAAUCACAAAUAUUUCUUUGAGAAAAAGAAAUUAUUUUAAACAUUUUAUGUAUAUACAUAUUAUAGAUAUUCAAAAUGGUUUCGUUUAUUGAUAAUAUUACAAGAGUAAACUAUAUAUGUACUGAUUUUCCGAUCUACAAAUUUCUUAAAUUAUGAUCCUUGGUGUGUGGAGAACGCUUCUCUGGAGAGCUGCAUUUUGCGAGGCAUUUGUUAAAUCCAAAAUAGAACAGAUUUAUAACUAUAGUAACUUCUGUAAGCCUAUUAUUUGCACUAUUCUUCAUUCAUACUUUUUAACUCUGCAAAAUUCUUGUAACAAAAAAAAAUAAAAACUAAUACAAUUUAUGUAUUAAUACAUAUUGUGAUAAUUAUUAUAAUUUUAAAUAAACUAAUUCGAGUAUAAUAAUA